AUGCUCUUUAUACUCUUCCUAUUAGCACUCUGUGCGGCUCAGUCAUCAGCUGAUGGCUUCGUUGAAGAAGUAAUAUGCUCCGCACAAAGCUUAACUGUCAUGCUUAACCGUAGUGAUCCCGACGUAGCUCGAUGGGUUGCCGAUCCAAAAUCCCAGCCAGUGGUGUAUGUGUAUGAUCACAAGAAAAGAAGGGAAUGUGGAAACUCAAUGAGAAACGAGCAUGGUCAACUGAACUUCAACUUGACCAUUCCAUAUGGAACAGACUGUGAUGUCAUAUUAGCUGAUGUGGAGCCCAACUAUAGAACAGCGGAAACAACCAUCGCCUUGGAGGAUAACGUGGAUGUGUCUAUCAGCAAGACCCUUCGAAUCAACCAUGUCUUCUGUAUUUACACCAGAAACGUUAAAACAAUUCGAUUCAACGAUGUUUCCAAUGGACAUGAAGUAGUUGCUUCUACCGGAGGAAAGCCAAAACCACGGGUUGAAAUGGUUUUCAGAAGCACAGAUGGACGACCUCUUCGAGCAGCGAAAUUCGGAGAUACUGUAGAAUUCUAUAUAGCUCUGUCACCUGAUCAAGCUUAUCAUGGUAUUGCUCCAAAGGAGUGUAUGUUCAGUGAUCGAGAAGACGUUACAUCCCCAGAAGCUAAGCAUAUCACCUUUGUGCAGAAUAGUUGUCCAGUCGUAGAGAUGUCUGAGAUUAUUGAUCCUUUGGCAAACGUGAACCAAGAAGUUUACUUUUCGAAAUUUAAAACUUUCCGUUUCGGAAACCAAAGUACAGUUUUUGCACAUUGCACUGUACAAGUGUGUUUGGAUGCUAAGGAGUGCAAUCAGAACUGUUUCAAGCGAAUUCAAAACUCUAAUCUCACGGCUGAAAGACUUCGCUUCCGUCAUAAACGUGAUAUCCCUUCCACCGCUGGAUCUAUGAAAGAUGACUUAUACAAUGAAAUCGCUGUUACUAGAACUUUGACUAUUCUGGAUAAUGAAGAGACAAGAGAAGUUGCAUCACGUUCAACCGAACAAUGUGUGGCAGCUAAUGCUGUCACACCAACGGUCAUAUUCCUCAUAAUUGGAGCUCUAACUGUAUGCACUCUGGCAUCCAUUACAACCGCUGUUUACCUAGGAUGUAAACGGAAAACAGGAAAAAAAAAUUCGUUUGACUUGUAUUCGGCGUUCGCUGCUCCUACAGCAUGA